GUUCUAUAGUCCCCCCUUUCUUGAGCGUGUCAUAGUAUUUCAAACUCAGUCAGUGACGCCUGGGUUGGACUGUACCGACUUAAAUACCUGGAUAUUGAUGUAAUAUCAAGGAGUACCCGUCGGAUGCUGAGACUGGUGGUUUAAUUCACAUUUUCUCAUUCAGCGACAGCGAUUAACGGGCGGAGAACAGAACGGCUAGUUACCUAUUGAAACUGCGUGCAGCCAUUUUGAAGCAACGAGAGGUGGCUGUGAAGUGCUCGCCGUGUAGACGAUGGUCGCGUUGCGAGGACUGGAGGCAUAGCAGGACCAGACUACGGUGGUGUAUAUCAUCGGAAGGCUCUCUGUGGACGAUGUAGAGGAAACUGGUGCUUACAGUGUACUGUAGGUCUGGAUCAAGGAAUUACCUGGCGGUUCAAGUGGGUCGCGAUGUCUGCUAGUCGAUCCGGCGACAUGGAGACAGUUGGAGUGCUGGGUAGGGCAAGGCGACGCUGUGUGUGUGAUUUCUGGGUGUCAAGGGCCGCAAGACCCAGAACCAAAAUAUUAGUAGGUAUUGUAUUUAUAUUGCAUAUAUCUUCAGCUUUGACAUUCGACAUACACAUGUCGGCCACCGAUCCCGGGGGGACGGUUCUAUAUAACGGGAGCCACGGGCCAGGGUGGUCGUACACCCUCGAUAGACAACAUAGCCGUCAUGCACUACCUUAUCUAGAGCUGGACUCAAGCAAUGGGGUUGUGUAUUUGAAACAAAAUGUGCAGUGCUAUCAUGUUAGUGAAAAUCCAUUCAACUUUCGUGUUAUUUCAAGGAUUAGAUACUCCAAUCUCAUUUCAAAUUACACUGUGACUCCAUUCUCUGUUUUCGUUCAUGGGGACAAGUGCGGAGUGUCCCCGCAGACGCUCAAACCUCAUCGGUUGAAAGACCCCCAUUUUGUUGUUGUCUACAGCAAUCAGACAACGAACCAGUGCAUUCCAAGGGGGCAUCAUUUAGCUUCAUUAGCCAGCUAUAUUCCAUUAUCAUUCAAACAGUGUGUUAUAGUAGUGGACAUGCCAGUUUCAUCGGACUUAAAAGUGGACAUUCAAACAUUAGAAAUAACAUCUCUUAUCAGCCGGUGCUUGAACGGAGGAGAGAUCAUCGCAGAUUUCAAUGUUUUGUUUUACUGUGAGAAAUCAUCAAUGUCAGUGCCAUACCGACUUGUACUUCAUUCUUUUAGUGGCCAUUAUUCUCCGAACACCGUCAAUGUCAAGAAACAUCGCUGGCGAAGAGCCAUUGAAAACAACCCUCCUGUCUUUUCUAAAAUACAGUAUGUCGAACAUGUCAAAGAGGAACAGAGGCCUGGGAUCGUCGUAGCAACAAUCACAGCAAGUGAUCCUGACACCCAAGAAGCUGGCACUAUCACUUACAGCAUGGUGCCAAAUCGAAAUGUUCUCAGUCAAAACAUGUUCUCUAUCCACCCGGUUACAGGAACGAUCAACACAACGCAGACCCUCGAUCGGGAACAGAUUGCAGCCCAUUACUUCAUGCUUGUUGCGACAGAUGAUGGUAGAGAACCACAAACAGCUACAAGUUUGGUGGUUAUCAUAGUUGAUGAUGUCAAUGAUAACCCACCUGAGUUCGAAUCGGAUCAUUACACUCGUAACAUCUCAGAAGACCAACAUGAGGGGUACACCGUUUUGACUGUGCAGGCAACGGACAAGGAUUUUGGUGACAAUGCGGAUGUGAGGUACACGCUCAUAAACACAGAUGGACAGUUGCUGCCAUUCAUGAUUGACCCCCUCACUGGAAUUAUAUCGACCAGGUCAGUUCUUGACAGAGAGACAAAAGAUCGGUACCAUUUCCUUGUUAGAGCUGUUGACCAAGGGGAAACAACCAAACGGAAAAGUGCCACAACGACUGUGGAUAUACAGCUAAAGGAUGAAAACGACAACAAGCCUCAGUUUGUCAAGACAGCAUACCGAGUUCAAGUUUUAGAAAAUAUUGACGUUUCAUCUCGGCCAGUAAUUCUGAACAUAAGCGCCACUGACAUUGAUCAAGGGCGUAAUUCUGAUAUCCGGUACAGCAUGACAGGGAAUGUGGACAAUAAGUUCCACAUCGACAGUCUGACGGGAUCGCUGAGUGUGAUCGACACUCUUGAUUACGAGUUGUACAAGGAGUACAAGCUGAACAUCCGGGCUGAGGACAGUGGAGUACCAUCUCAGAAAAGCCAAGCCACGGUUUUGGUUGAGGUGCUGGAUGUCAAUGAUAAUGCACCCAAGUUCUUUCCAGAAACUUUCCAGGAGUCUGUUUUUGAGAACGAACCAGCAGGAACCCCUAUCCAGCAGGUUCAAGCUCAUGACAGGGACUCGGGAGAAAACGCAAGAUUGACCUACAGUAUUGUUGAUGGUCCAGCAAAUAUGCCACUGGUGAUCGAUGACAAAACCGGAUGGAUUAAAACCAGCGCAAGUAUUGACAGGGAAAUAGCAGCUUCUUACGAUUUUCACGUUCUUGCCAAGGAUCAUGGAGAUCCGCCCAAGAUGGCUUCAGCACAGGUCACCAUCCUGGUUCGCGACAUCAAUGACAAUGCUCCAGCAUUCACACCGAAAAUGUAUCAAGCAGCAGUGUCCGAAGAGGCCAGAAUUGGCACCCGAGUAACCACCGUAACAGCCAUUGAUACUGAUACAGGUGAUAACGCACGGGUCUCGUAUGACAUCACUGGAGGAAAUACUGGGAAUGUGUUCCAGAUAAGUCCAAACAGGGGAGAGGGUAUCAUCACAGUUCAGGGGCGCCUGGAUGCUCGGACCCAGAACCGGUAUGUGUUGACUGUGAGUGCUAGAGACUCGGGUGGAAAAACUGACUCGGCAAAAGUUUACAUCAAUGUGACGGACACCAACAGAAACAGGCCGGCAUUUCAGGGGACACCAUACGUGAAACGUGUUGAUGAGAAUGUUGCAGUCGGUACUUCAGUCUUCAAGAUUAUGGCACUGGAUAGCGAUAGAGGUGAAAAUUCUCGAAUCACUUAUUCCAUUGAACCUGCGUCCACAUUUACGAUUGAUCCAAAUUCAGGGGUGAUAAAAACCAGAGCGCUGCUCGAUCGAGAAAUGAUACCAACAUACAUGUUAAGUGUCACCGCAACUGACAACGGCGUGCCGCCUCUGAGCGAUACGACGGACAUGGACAUCACAGUGAACGACAUCAACGAUAAUAAACCUGAGUUCCUCGAACAGGAAUAUGAGGGCUCUAUUAGGGAAGAUGAGCUGCCAGGGACCAGUGUUCUCCGGAUCCAAGCUGAGGACCGAGAUCAGGGCCAAAACAAGCAGAUCGAGUAUACGUUUGAUGGUGGGAACAAUGGCGAUGGGGACUUCAAGAUUGACAGUGCUCGGGGGAUAAUACGUGUGGAGAAAGAACUUGACCGAGAACGUGUUGCCAAUUAUGAACUUGUUGCAUAUGCAAUUGAUAAAGGCAAUGAACCAUUAUCAACAUCAGUCAAGAUAAAGAUUAAAGUUGAAGAUGUAAAUGACAAUCAGCCCCAUUUUGCUAAUCGUGUUAUUGAAGCACCUGUUCCUGAAAAUACGCCCAUUGGUUCAACUGUGUGUGUCAUAACAGCAACUGAUCCAGAUGAAGGGGAAAAUGCUUUGGUAGAGUAUUCCUUUGCUGGUGGAGCUGACGUGGAUUCCUUCCGUCUCAGCGGAAGGAAGGGUGAUCCGGCUGAAAUUACCUCACUUAUUGACUUGGAUUUUGAAUCGGACAAGAAGGAAUAUGAAGUGACACUGCGUGCUGCUUCUGGUCUUUUGUUCGCGAUUACGACUGUUAAGAUCAAAGUUCAAGAUGUUAAUGACAACCCCCCAACUUUGAAGGAUUUUAUGAUUAUAUUCAACAACUACCCACACAGCUUUCCCUCUGGAUCUAUUGGACGUGUACCUGCAUAUGAUCCGGACGAAAUUGACCGCCCUCGUCUUGUGUACAGGUUCGUCUCUGGAAAUGAGGCACGUCUGCUGCAUCUUAAUGAAUCAUCAGGGGAGAUUACUCUUGACGCAAGACUUAAUUCUGAUGUACCUCGUCUUGGAUCAUUUGAAGUUAGCGUUUCAGAUGGCCUGAACGAGGUGAAGGCCGGCUGCAAGCUAUUUGUGCGCCUUGUGACGGAGGACAUGCUCCUCAACAGCAUCACAAUCCGACUGGACCGGAUGACGGAGCAGGCCUUCCUGUCUCCGCUCUUCAAGUUCUUCGUGGAUGCCCUAGCCUCCAUCUUGCAUGUUGAGGAUACAAAGAUCUUCGUCAUCAACGUGGAGGACGACAUCGACGUACCGGGACAGGUCCUCAAUGUCACGGUGUCGGUACAGAAGGAUGAGGUGAAUGUUCGGGGAGGAAGCAAGGAUGUGUUCUAUCCCCCAGAGUUUGUCCAGGAGAACAUCUACCUGCAACGUUCCAUGCUGGCCAACCUAUCUACCCUACAGGUGCUUCCGUUUGACGACAACCUCUGCAUGAGAGAGAUGUGCUACAACUUCGAAGUUUGUCAGACGAAGCUGGUGUUUGACUUGGCCGCGGAUUUCAUCAAGUCUGACACCAUGUUGUUCCGGUCCAUCCAUCCCGAAAACGGCUACAGAUGUGUGUGUCCUAUCGGCUUCACAGGUCAGAGGAAGUCCAACUUGUGUGAUGUGGAGGUGGAUCUGUGUUACUCCAAGCCUUGUCUGAAUAGGGGGAAGUGCCUCCCUCGGGAAGGAGGGUACACCUGUGUGUGCACAGAGUCGUUUACAGGGUCCAACUGUGAAGUGAACCAGACUGCAAGGUUUGACCCGGACACAUGUCCCCCUAACCUGUGUCAGCCUCCGUCCCGAUGUGUGCCCCUCAUCAAAGGGGGCUUCAGGUGCGACGGAUGCCCCUCCACGGGCGACUAUGACCAGUUCUGCCGUCUCACAAAGCGGAGCUUCAGCAAGGGUUCAUUCUUGUCCUUUCCAUCCUUGAAGAGGAGGAACCACUUCACCAUCACCCUGGAAUUCGCCACGCAGGAGAAAAAUGGCUUGCUCUUCUACAACGGGCGAUUUAAUGAACUCCACGAUUUUAUUGCCCUGGAAAUUAUCGAUGGACAGAUUCAGUUCUCGUACUCCCUGGGUGCUGACAUCACGACUGUCAAUCCUUAUGUCAGGGGCGGAGUGAACACUGGCGAAUGGGUGAAGGUCAAGGUCAAUUUUCUAAAUCGGGAAGCCACAGUGACAGUGGGAGAAGACUGUGACACUCUUGUCUCCAUUCUCUACCAUGCCCAGCUGGGGAACUACUCCUGUGCAGAUCGCAAUGCAACAGUACUUGAUAAGAUAUGCGAGAAUCCCACAAAAAUUUGUCAUCGCCUUCUGGAUCUGACAGGCCCCCUCCAGAUUGGGGGGUUGCCGUCCCUCCCCACCACCUUCCAGAUAGUCAACAAGGACUUUGUCGGCUGCAUUAAAGACUUCUACAUCGACCACGACAUUCUAAACCUCAACUCAUCUGUCUCCUAUGUGGGGAAGGGCAGUGAGGCAGGCUGUUCGGCCAAGAAGUCCAUGUGUUCGGAAAAGCCAUGCCGAUAUGGAGGUAUAUGCAAGGAGGGUUGGACGACCUUCACCUGUGAAUGUCGAGACAAGGCUGGCGGCAAGGACUGUAGCCAAGUGAUCGAGUCCCCGAGGAAGUUGAAAGGCAAUGGAUACCUCUCCUACUCCAACUUCGGCACCAACAACAAAGUCAGUUUCCCAUGGUAUAACGGUCUUGCCUUCCGCACCCGAGCAGACAGUGGCGCCCUCAUGCAGAUAAAUCUCAGCGUUGGCCAAGUCACUAUCAUGAUUGAGGAUGGUUUCAUCACAUACAACUUCAAGGCUACCAAGAUCGUGUUUGAUUUCCGCAAAGUGAAUGAUGGGAAGUGGCACUACUUUGAGUCCCGUUGGUUCCAAGGUCGUCAAGAGCUCACCCUCGACUAUGGCCAACUCAGUAUGGAGGUGGAGCGAGCGAGUACCAUCAAGAGUAGUGUGGUCAGCAUGGUGUAUGUGGGAGCGACACGUCAAGGCAAUGAACCGGUCAAGAAUGGCUUUCACGGCUGUGUCAAGGAUAUCCGCAUGGGCAACUAUGCCAACACAGUGUUGAACAAUCCCAACGAGAACAACGUGGAAGCGGGAUGCGAGAGCACGGAGAAGUGUCUUGGAAACGUCUGUGGCAUCGGCACCUGUGUAGACGAGUGGGAGGAUCAUUCAUGUGAUUGUCCACCAGGUUUCAUUGGCCCCGAUUGUAAGGACAUCUGCACCAGUGCCAAUCCCUGCCAGAACUACUCCACAUGUCGACGCCCCAACCCUCAGCGCAACUUCUACUCGUGCGAGUGUGGGGCACGUCAGAGGGGCGACUACUGCGAAGUGACCGCCCCCAAGGAGUGCCCUGCAUCCUGGUACGGCUACCCCGUCUGUGGACCCUGCAACUGCCGUGUGGACCGCGGAUUUGACUCCGCCUGUAACAAGACCUCGGGGGAAUGUAUCUGCAAGGCGAACCAUUACCGGCCAGCAGGAAGCGAAGUGUGCUACCCAUGUAACUGCUACCAUCUCGGCGCGUCGGGGGCAACGUGUCACCCUGUCACCGGUCAGUGCACGUGCAAGUCGGGCAUCGUGGGGCGGAGGUGUGACCAGUGUCCAAGUAUAUUCGCGGAGAUCCGAGAGGACGAGGGCUGCCAUGUUGUGUACGCCUACUGUCCGAGGAACUAUGCAGCUGGAAUCUGGUGGGAUCCAGUCUCUCUUGGCGACCAAGCAGUGAUAGACUGUCCUGGAACUGCCAUUGGCGAUGCAGUUCGGAAGUGUUUGGAAACAGACAGCUGGCUGGAGCCAGAUCUGUACAACUGUACGAGUGCCAACUUCACCAAGCUUCAAGCAUCGAUUGCUCAGCUUAAUGAAGGAUCCAUCAACACAUUCGUAGCAAAGACCUCCAUCGACAGUCUGCGGAACGCCACGAACACGACACGUCCAAUGUAUGGUGGCGACAUCUCCACAGCCUAUCAGAUCAUCUACAAGAUUCUCAAGUAUGAGGUCAAACAGAAGGGCCUCAGUCUCACCAAUGAGCAGCAUGGAACCUACAUCCAGGAAAUGCUGGUGGCUGUCAGCAAUGUGACAGAGCCGGAGACGAAAGUCUACUGGGACACAGUCAACACCAAAUGGGAUGGAGCAUCCAAACUACUGAACCUGUUUGAGGAAUACCUUGUUACUCUGGCCACCAACUUCGCCUCCACCAAGACCCCAGCAUUUGAUGCUAUAUCCGACAAUAUGGUGUUGGGUGUUGACUGGAUUGCUAAGGACAACAUAACAAAGAAGACAAUCCCGAAGUACGACCACAUUCAGAAGAAAGGAACUUUUGAUGAUGAUUCCAACAUCAAACUGCCAAUGUCCAUCUUCAAGCCUGUUACUGCAGGUACCCACACAGACAACAGUGUUCCCAAGGCAUAUGUAGGAUAUAUCCUGUAUCGCACCAUGGGGAAUAUCCUGCCAAAGCAGUUCUCACCUUCCGUCAGGGUGAUGAGCGACAUCCCUGUCGUCAUCAACAGUCCUGUGAUGACGGUGGUGAUUGUGGAUGAGGGCAAAGUCAUCAACGGCUCCAUCUCCACUCCUGUCAACAUCACGCUGAAGCAACUGUACUCCUCCAACAGGACUGGGCCCCAGUGUGUCUACUGGAAGCACGACACGGAGCGGAGUGGAUUUUGGUCGCCAGAUGGGUGUUCGGUGAUUGACCAGUACACAAAGAACGGCGAGGACUACGUAGUGUGUUCCUGUAAACACCUCUCCACGUUUGCCCUCCUCAUGGAUGUAGCAGGGGCAGAGUAUCUGUAUUCGUCGACGGUUCAGCUGGAGGUCCUCACCUACAUCCUGGUCGUUAUCUCCAUGGCAUGUCUCGUCUUCGCCUUCUUCGUCUUCAUGGUCUUUAAACGACUGCAAUGUAACUGGAACAGCAUCCACAUCAACAUCAUCUUUGUCCUCUUCAUAACCCAGCUGUCCUUCAUCAUUGGCAUCGACCGUGUCGGACAAAAGUUGUUCUGCAAGUUGGUGAGUAUCAGCCUUCACUACUUCUACGUCUCCGCCUUUGCCUGGCUGUUUGUCGACGUGCUCCACAUCUACAGAAUGCUCACUGAGAUGCGCAUCAUCAACUAUGGGUCCAUGAAGUUCUACUACCUCGUAGGAUAUGUUGUUCCUGGCAUAAUCGUUGGCUUGUCGGUGGGUCUCAAUACCGUGGGAUACGAAAAUAAACAAUUCUGCUGGAUGUCUGUGUCUGAUAUGUUUAUCUGGAGCUUCGCGGGUCCGAUCUGUCUCGGAGUCCUGGCCAACAUCUUCACCUUUAUCCUAGCCAUGAAGGCCAGCUGUAGGGAGAAGAUCCGGGAGCCUGAAAACCUCAACACACUCAGGUGUGGCCUGUUGAGCACCAUCAUAUUGCUGCUGUUAGUGGGGGUGACGUGGGUGACUGGUCUCAUCUCGGUCAACUUCCAUAUCCCCUCCCUCAACUACGUAUUCUAUGUGUUCAUGUUCCUCGAAGGUGUCUUUAUAGUGCUGGCAUACGUACUGCUCAAUGCAAAGGUUCGAUUCCAAAUAAAAAGAGCAUGGUACCGCAUCCAAGGCAAGAAACUAGAAAUUGAUGAAAAUCUAGCAGGAACAAGGAGCACAAUGCUUUCUAGAUCUGCGUUAGCCUAUCGCCAUGAUUCCUCUAAUGAUGGAGGUCUUCAUCGGGUCAACAUCGGCAUCUCCACAACGUCGACAACAAGUCGGUCCAGUAAGAGCAGCGGCACCUUCCAUAAAGGGGACGACUACCUGCGCAGCACAAGCAGCUCCACAUCGGGGCACGUGCCGUCCACAGCGCUGUAUCCACCCAACACCGGCAUCCCACCCUACGGAUAUGACCCGUCCGGAUUCCACGACAAAUUGCCAGAUGGUACCAAUCCUGAUACAGGGGAGAUAACUCAUAAACCUGGCAAUGACUCGGAUUCUGACAGUGAGGUUUCUAUAGAUAGGAACAGUCUUGAUCUGGCUUCUAGUCAUUCCUCAGAUGAAGACGAUGAAUUUGACCUCGGUCCAAGGUGGGAACCUACCCCGACUAAGAGCAAAGCAGUAGAAAAAGCUAGAGAAGAAAUAGAGAAAAAGAAAAAAGAAAAGGAGUUAGAUAGACUGAGAAAUAAUAAUGCUGAUGGUCUUUGGUCGGGGGAUGGAGAACCAGGUCAAAGGUUAGGUAACAGUCCAAGGUUAUCAAACGUCCAACCGGAUGUGACGUUACCGGCAUCAGAACGCCAAGGUCGUGUUGUAACGAUUGUGCCCCCUGUUCGCACCGAUAGCUUACCGAAUAAUAUCUCGAGUACCAGCAGCCCGAAACAGGGCAUGAGGGUGCAAGUACUCACUCACAAUGGCAGCGUUUCCUCCGACACUGAGUAAGUGCGCUCUGGCGCCUCUCAAGGGAACUAGGACAAAUUUUAAGAUCGAGCAAUGAGACCUCUGUCUGAGCACUCGACCGUCUUCACAAACUCACAGAGAUAAUUGUUACAUUCCAUUUCAUGGUCCAUUACUCUUCUUGUUCGUGUAGAAGCAGGACACCAACCAUCCAUAAUAAUCAUCCAUUUCCCAGCCAUAACCCAUCGUUGAGCAUUAUGUAUGAAUUCGUAUGAUAUGUGCCUAAAUGGAAUAUCUUAUUUUUAGUCAUAUUUAAUAACUACCGUAUUCAACAUAAUAAGCGCCCAGGGCGCUCUCAAAAUUGGGAUAGGGGCCUCUUACUGGAAUAUUAUUUUAGUGAAGAAAAAAAACAGUUGAAAGAUAAAUAUCGUGGUGUAUGCUGACAGCCUGAAAUGUUUAUGUACGACAGAUAUAUUUUUCCAGAAUUUAAUUGCCCAUAAUUAAGUGUGCACAUAACACAUGAGUGUGUAUUAUACGCAAAUAAAUAAGUCUUGUGUACAUUGAUCAAAAGAAGGGGUGCUAAUUUGGAUUGUUCACUGGCCAAUAUAUUAGCAAAUAUCGCUGUGGGCGCUUAUUACGUCGAAUACGGUAAUACAUAAACAGUUACGCUGCCAUUUUCAUUUUGAUGGCUGCACAAAUUUGCAGACAGUAUUUGUCUAUAAAUAUCUGAGCAAACAAUGAAAUUCUGUAUUUCCUUUGAGAUUAGAAUAGUAGAAAGCAACAUUGUAGCUGAACAAAACCAUAUUCCAUGGACAAAGUGAUAUAUAUAUCAUUGAUAGCUCGCACUGAGACUAAACCAUAUACACUAAUUUCAAUGUCUGUUUUAUCAUGUACUUUGUGUAAAGAGGUUUUGUAAGUAUUAUCUGUACCUAAUCAUAAAGGUAUUUGUAAAUGUUUUGUCUGUCUCGACAAGUAUUACGUGUAUAUUCUGUACAGUCCACCCUUGUAACAUUGUGCAUAUGCCAUCCGUCAUUUUUGUACAUUCAUGAUAGUCCUAUAUUAUGCACUGUCGGUUCCCACAUAGUGUUAGCUAGUGCUUCUAGGGGCUACUUGCAGCCAUUCCCUCCCUACCUGUACAACAGCUGGGGUUGCGGUCUAUCCAGGGCGUGUUUGCUCGACAACGUGAAUGGAAGAGAUCACAUCACACGGAUAAUGUCAGUACAAACAUUUGGAAUGUAGUGUGUAUCGAUAUCAGCGUGUCCUAUAAGUGGAAUCCCAUGUUAGUAUAUUGUCAGUUUGUUCCAAAUACAUUUUUUGCCAUUAGUUAGGCGUUGAAGAAUCAGAAUGACAGAAUGUACGAGAAAAAUAGAGUGGAAAAAAAACAAGUAAUACUUAAUGCAUAAUUUGAAAUAUUUCAGUGGUCUCCAAUACAAUGUACAUUUCGUAAUUUCUAAUGCUGAGAUAUUCCUUGCAUUUUGUUCUUGGGCAAGUUUGUGUUCAAAUAGUAAUAUCAACGCAUAAUACAAAAAUAUCCGGAGAGAAAAGGAUAGAAAUCUGUGGUGAUCUCAUUUCUGAUUGGUUCACAGUAUAGAUGGAAAGAAGUGCCUUGGAUGGAGACCGCUGCUAUUCUGUAUGUAGAAACUGACAUGUAGCCUCAGUGAGAAUGUUGUAGAAGGGUUAUUUCCCUUGUUGUGAUACUCCUGUCUUUAAGUUGAGCUAUCGCCGUGUUGUGACUUAUGCGCUGCGUCAAAGCCCCACUUGGCCUUGUUGUUUAUUUAUUGCUGUAUAUACAUACAUAUGAUGUCAACAUGUUGAUCUCUUUGUACAAAUUUUUAUCAAAUUCAUUUUUUUAUGAUGAUGAUGAAGUACUUGUGCUUCCUAACAACAACAACAACAAUAAAAAGUUAUAAAUACCA